AAAGGGAAGUGGAAGAUUGAGCCAAAUGUUAAACAAAAGUGAAGUUAGUUGGUGUAGAAUACCUGGAAUAAACGACACGUCGAUGACCAGAUGGAUACAUAAGCUAAUAAAUACUAAUAAAUGCAGUGUUUAUAAGUUGUAACCUUAUGGGAAGGUUUCAGUUGAGGUAAAGUGCGCAGGAUGUGUAGCUGUUAGCUCAGAUUGGAGACGUCAGUAGAAUAAACAGGCAUCAGUUUGGGGAUGAUUACCUAACAUCAAGUUUUGACAUGUACGUACAUUUCAGUUUUUUCUAAAUAAAUCUGGAUUCCAUCCUGGUCCUCUUUGUGAAAUGACCUGACUCUGAGUUCACGGCUCAGUAUUCAUGACAAUGGCCAGAAUAGCCUGGUAUCAAGAGAAGAUCGGGGCUUAUGAUCAACAAGUCUGGGAGAAAUCCCUGGAGCAGACCGAUCUAAAUGGCUUAGACAGCAAACCAAAGAAGACGGGUCACAUCAAGCCAGACCUCAUCGAUGUCGACUUAGUGCGAGGAUCAACCUUCAGCAAAGCCAAACCAGAGAGUCCCUGGACAGCUCUGACCCGUAAAGGUUUAGUCAGAGUGCUGCUGUUCCCCUUCUUCUUCCAGUGGUGGAUCCAGGUGACCUCCAAGUCCAUCUCUUCAUGUAUCUUCAUGCUCUACUUUAUGCAAGUGGCAGCGGUGGUGCUGUACUUGGACGUCCCUGGAGCGAGUGCCAGCGAGGUGUUUGGACCCAUGUGUCUGAUGCUGCUGCUGGGUACAGUGCAUUGCCAAAUUGUGUCGACUGAGUCCAGCCGGUGGCCCUCGGGCAGUCCAGCUGCCAGCAGCACCACCAGCCCUGCACGCAGAAGGAGGCCAAGGAAAGGCAGAGGACUGAAAAAAUGUGAGGAGAAGAAUGACAGUGGGGAUGAAGAACACCAGAGCCCCUGGCAGUAUGAAGAAAACCAGGGACCGUACAGAACUGAGGAGAAGAGGAGCACAAUAAAGUCAGGGUUUGGAGCCUCCGAUGAAUUCUCUAGUGAGGAAGAGGAGGGGGUACAGCCACUGGAAGUAAAUCAUCCACUACCUCAUCAUGAGAGACACACUACAGCAACUCGACCGACAUCUGCAUCACUGUCUUCACUCAGGAACAGAAAUGUACCGUCUUACUCCAAACCCACGCUGAGACCUCAGGAAGGAAGUGGGGCUGCUAUCAAGGUGAAACCUCGUGAGGUGGAGCGCCUCAGGCCGAGCGUAGGCCCCCGUCCUGCCUCAGACACUGACGAUACGAUGUGGGAGGAGCUUCUUCAAGGACCUGACUCCGCCUCCACUGGUAGCAGUGACAGCGAGGGGAAUGGGAGGUACAGCGCUAACAUGGGCCUUCAGCAAUCGACCAAUCUGAGCAGCGAUGAUGACAGUCUGAGGCACGGAAUCACUGGAAACCAGCUGUCUUGGCUGCAGGCGUGUCACCCAUCUAAGGACCGUGUCAGCGCCAUCAUAUGGGAGCAGGGCGAGUGUAAGAAAGCGGACAUGUCAGUACUGGAGAUAAGUGGGAUCAUCCUCACACGGGUGAAGCAGGUGGAGCAGGGUAUGGGUUACCUCAUGUUCGGUGGGUUUGUGACCGCCACCUUGGCAUUGCUUCCCUUUGCCUUUCGUCUGGCGCAGCAUCUGCACAUGUCGAGCCUCAGCUCCCUGUCCAUGUCGGAGAUCGUAGAAAUAGCAGUGGGUCCUCCUGAUCCCAAGGCCUACACAUUUUUCUUCAUCACAACCGUGCAAAGAAUCUGCCUCACAGGACUGUUCUUUUUCAUGAUGUGUGUGGCUGAGAGGACGUAUAAACAGAGGCUCUUGUUUGCCAAGUACUUCAGCCAUCUCACCUCAGCUCGUAAAGCAAAGAAGUCAGAGAUUCCUCAUUUCAGGCUGAAGAAAGUGCAGAACAUUAAGAUGUGGUUGUCAUUACGCUCUUUUCUCAGGAGACGAGGGCCACAGCGCUCCGUUGACGUCAUUGUCUCCACUAUCUUCCUUUUAGCACUUUCCAUUUCAUUCAUCAUCUGUGCCCAGCUUCUGCACAGCCACAAGACAUUCCUGGACUCUGUGACAAACUGGGAGCUGAUGCUGUGGGGCUCAUCGCUUGUCCUCUUCCUGUUAAGGCUGGCCACGCUGGGCUCAGAGACCAACUGCAAAUACAGCAACUCCUCAGUACUGCUCACUGAGCAGAUCAAUUUGUAUCUAAAGAUGGAGAAAAAACCAAACAAGAAAGAAGAACUAAAUAUUGUUAAUAAUGUUUUGAAAUUGGCUACCAAACUAAUGAAGGAGCUGGAUACUCCGUUCAGACUGCUGGGUCUGACUGUGAACCCUCUGAUCUACAACAUCACCCGAGUGGUCAUCCUGUCCGCUGUGUCUGCUGUGGUCAGCGACCUGCUGGGCUUCAACAUCAGACUUUGGAAAAUCAAGCCUUAAUGUGAAAACGUCAAACCACUAACAGUCGGACACUGGAGAGAAGAAACUCCCUCAGUCUGCUGCAGAACGUCUCAUCUACAAAAGUGUGCAAACCUACUGACAGUAUAUUCAUUGUCUGUGCCUUUCAACUGAAACUCCUGUUGGAACUCGAUCAGUCACGAGUCUGGGAUGCUCCGACCGUCACUCACACACCAUUACUGAGCUGCUCAGCUGGUGCAGUUUCCAUCAGCCGUGGCACUAACCCAGUGCCUAACUCUGACCCUUGAAUGUUCCUCGGUAUACGGCUAAACAUAGCAGUAGGUUAAGGUCUGGGGGCAUUCCAGGUCUCUGUGACACCCCCCCCAUCCCCCCUUCUCUAAAUGUGUAUUGUACAGAUGUGCGAA